AAGAGAUUGAACUUCCACCAAAUUACCGAUCCCUUUGUUUUGAGAUACAGCAACGAUUUAGCAACAAAAUUGAUUUCUGUUUCGGUUUUUCCGUAAAAGGGGAAUUUCAAAUGUUUAUGUUGCGUUACCAAAUAUAGAAGAUUGGUUAAUCUUCCGCAUUAAUCAAAUGGGGGGCAAGAGUUCUAAGAAUUCAAAGCCAAAAGGAGGGAAGUAUAGCCAAUCGACAUCAUCUUGUUCAAACAAUCAGUACGGCGGUUAUCCUUCGCAGCCAUCUUCCUCUACUCCGGCCUACGGCGCACAACCUCCUAAACCACAAAAGAAGCUCGAGAAACGAUAUUCACGAAUCGCUGAUAAUUACAAUUCUCUAGAACAGGUGACACAGGCUCUUUCAAGUGCAGGACUCGAGUCUUCCAACCUCAUCGUCGGCAUUGAUUUCACCAAAAGCAAUGAAUGGACAGGCAAUUAAUGCUUUUUCGAUUCC